AAUUGGUCUGAACUAGCAGAAUUGUAAAAUGGUAAUCAAGAACAAACUCUUCUUCUCAUCCGGAUCUUCGAGCCACAAUAGUUUCAAUAGUCCCAUUUCUGUUGGCUCCAAAUCUCCGAUACAAUCAGACACAAAUAUGCCUGAAGCUGCUCCCAAGGAUGAAACCCUUGUCCCUGACCCGAUCCCCGCUGGUGGUUUUGUCGGCCGCUCCGGACGAUUUGGCCCUCGGAAGAGGUUUCCUAGUGACAUAAAAAGUUUUUCUCAUGAGUUGAACUCAAAAGGUGUACAGCCCUUUCCAUUAUGGAAGCCUCAUAUUUCGAACAAUGUGGAGGAAAUAUUGGUUCUGAUUCGUGCAAAAUUUGAUAAAGCAAAGGAAGAUGUAAACUCUGACCUUAAGGUAUUUGCUGCGGACUUGGUGGAAGUUCUUGAGAAAAAUGCAGAAAGCCAUUUUGAGUGGGAGGAAUCACUUGAAGACUUGUUAAUUUUGGCUCGAAAUUGUGCUAUGACUACUCCUGGAGAUUUCUGGCUUCGUUGUGAAGGGAUAGUUCGAGAUUUGAAUGAUAGACGUCAAGAGCUUCCUCUUGGCAUUCUCAAACAGCUUCACACUCGGAUGCUUUUCAUACUUACUAGAUGUACGAGGUUGCUUCAGUUUCAUUAUGAGUUCUCUCUGACUUCAUAAUUAGGUUUUUGGUGAGUCUUGAACCCAUGACUUCAUCCUUUAACAACACUUUUCCGGGAUGAG